CCCAGUUCCAGGCUCGGCACUUUCCAAAGAGAUCAGGACCAUGGCUGGCCUCCAGUCCAUGCUGCUGCCACUGGGGCUGCUUCUGUGCCUUGGACUGCAGUUUUCUGCGGCCACCUCUGCAAAUUACAGUGACAACUGUGUGGUCCUUGAUGAGGUCUUCACCACCACCAGCCCAGGCAUCAGGGUGACUCCAGACACCUAUGAAAGCAACACAGUCUACACAGUAUGGGUUCCCGUGAAUAGCACCGUCACCUCCGUGAUCCUGCGAGCAGUGGACAAGAACAACAGCACCGUGGGCUCCUGGCAAGACGCAGACAAGCAAUGCAACGGUGGCUCCCUGUACUACGUGAAAAACGUACUCGACAUGCUCCUCGCAGCAUAUUGGACAGCUCCUAAAUCUGAGAACAUAACUGAAGUCGAACUACAAGCCUUCACUGUCCAGCCCCAGAACACGGCCACAUUCUCUUCUCUGAAACUGAAGAGCAAAGUGACAACCACAACCCAGACCUCCAAGAUUUUCACAACCUCGACCUCCAAGAUUCCUAAAACCGUGACCUCCAAGAUUUCCACAACCAACUGGACCAAACACCCAACCUCACCCCCAACCAGAAGCUUGGCCCACAAAGCCAUCAACAGCCCUAUCACAGAUGCCAUUUCUAUCCUGCUCGCUUUUCUCAUCAGCAAAUUUCUCUUCUAAAAGGAAACUAGGGAAACAAUUGUUACUGCCUCUAUGGCAUCCUCCCACGUUCAGUUCCAAGCCGGUACUUGGAAAUGUGUGUGAAUGACGACUCUACACUCCCAAACGUGCAACUCAAUUGCCACUGCUGCUUCAGACCAGAACAGAGACCAGGGGGCACUCACUGGUGGGCUUGGGUCACUCAGAUGUUCAACUGGAUCUUUCAGGACACAAAUUAUGCUUUCUGUAAAUAUUUAGACCUGGCCAGAGUAUAGCAACCUACAGUUCUGCCUAUCAGCUUAACAUGUUGAUAGCCAAUGCCCUGACCAAUUGAAACUUUUGUUUAUUGCCAAAUGAUUCCUCUGCGCCCCCUGAGUUUCUGUGGGUCGAAUCCUUCCUUGCUUUCAAGAUGAUCUCAGAUUCUGACCAAACCCACUCAGGUGACACAUAAUUUCUGAGACUCAUGUGACUCAACAAGGAAAGGAGAAAGGAGAAAUAUCCCUGAGGCUACUGGCAGCUUCCCAUGUUAUUCACACCAGUAGGUUUUGAAGGGCAAGAGAAUAGGAAUGUACCAUAUUUGAGCAGCCAAUGGUAUGAAAAAUUAUGCUAUAAAGGCAUUUUUUCUAUGUUAUACCAAAUAAA